GUCUCCAGGAACUGCCCCAGACUCCUCAUCAAUUUGGAGAAGUCAGGAGAGACUGGCUCAUUCAUGGGGAUGCUGGGUUUUGGAGGAGGAAUGGAUUUUGACUCAGACAAAGCUUACAGAGAUGUAGCACAGCUCGGUCCAUGUGACGAUGGAUGCCUCGCCCUGGCGGAGCUGCUGGGAUGGAAGGGCUGUGCACGGUGCGGUGAAUGGGACGACAGCCAUCCCGUGGAGGAGAAGCAGGAAGCGCCAGUCACUCUUGGAGCAGCUGAGCGGCUGCCGGCAGGCCUGGUGCCCGGGAGCGCCGUGGGAUAGAGAGGCCGUCCACUCUGCCCUGAGGGGAACGCUGACUGGGAGUUUCCUGGUUGUGCGGGACGGUGAGACGUCUCAGCCCUCGCUGCUGUGCGUGUCUGCAGGAGGCGACGAUGAAGCCGUUCUUGACUAUGACAUCACAUGCAAAGACACAGUCUUCUGCCUGUCUGGGUCUCGCCUUUGCUUCAGCGAUCUGGCUCAUUUGGUCUUCUUCUACUCGCUGACCAGAGACGUGCUGCCUCUCCAUCUGAACAUUCCUCACUGGUUCCAGAGUGUGAGCAACAACCGACUCCCUUCACUUGAGCCCAUGUUGUCUCCCUCAGCGACCUGGCUGCAUGCGGAGGCUGAACCACAGAUGGAUGACAUGACGGCCAGAGAGCCUGGUCCAGUGCUGUGCUCCAUACAGUUCACUUCCACCAACGGGGCCUUGUGCAUCAUCAAUCCUCUCUAUCUGCGUGAACAUGGUGACGACUGGUUGACUUACCGCGCAGCAAGUUCUGCGCCACCGUCCGACCCUAAACGGAGGCAGUGCUUUGGCACCAGUCGCUCCCGGACAGGUACAGGGCUGCAGGGCAGACAGGCCGUCUCAUUGGACAAGGACACCUACGAGGACAGCAAGUCCAACACAAGUCUCCUCAGGGCCACAUCUGCAGACUCUCCCGUAAACCCAGCUGAGGCCAUCCUCAGGAGGCAGAGUGGAGAGUCCACCUCCAGCCUCUCCAACCGAGGGAGCACUGGCAGCCUUCCCCUGUCCUCCUCUUCAAGCACUGGCAGUCUGAACAGUGCAGCUCUGGAGCAGCAGCUCCGUGGCAGCCCUGUUCCUCAGUCCCCUCACAGGGUGUCCUGGAUCGAGGACGGCGUCUGGUUGCCUCCUCCCAGGUCUCUGCUGCACCCUCCGUCCAUGGAUCUGGACUCGCUGUCCGUUAGCAGCAUAGAAGAGGAGCAGGAGGUUCAGCUGCGGAGUCCCGCCUCUCACCAGCCGCCUUCAGCUCACCGACUGGCAGACAAAGUCAUCCAUCGUCUGUCAGCGGUUGGUCAGGCCAUCGGUGGGCUGAUGUGUCCGAAAAAGAAGUUCCGCCACCGUGUGGAGGAGCUGAGUGAGCGGCGGAGCGGGACAUUCGCAGAGGCUGUGAGAGGAUUUGUGGACACUACGCUAAAGAGAGGGACUGAACCUGGUGGGCUGAAUGGGUCGGAGCUGUUGCAAGAAGUGAGGUCAUCACUGACAUCUUUGAGGGAGACACUGUUGGAGUAUGUGGAGAUCCAAGCUUUGCUGGACAGCAUAACGGACCUGAAUGACCUGGAGUUGGAUGAGCUGGUGGAGAUGUCGGUGCAGAAGGUGGCUCUGAAGCCUGUGUCUGCUCACCUCUACUCUUGCAUCACCUCGUCCCGCACCGCUGACGGCACUCUGCAGCGGCUGCAGAGCAACCUGAUGGUGCUGAAGGAGAGCAGCGUGGAGGAACUUGGCGGCGCAGCAGGCGUAGGCGUUCCAGACGCGCUGAGUUUAGAGCGGAUCCAGCAGAAAUGGAGCAACAUGCACGUCAGGCACUCGCCCAACAGGAAGGUGGAGAUUCUCCUCAAGGUCUGCAAGAGCAUCUACCACAGCAUGAGCGCCAACGCAAGCUCAGGCGAGGCCUUCGGUGCAGAUGAUUUCCUGCCAUGUCUGACGUGGGUGCUGCUGCGAAGCGAGCUGGCCACCCUGCAGGUGGACACAGACUACAUGAUGGAGCUGCUGGACCCCACACAGCUCCAGGGAGAGGGGGGCUACUACCUGACCACUCUGUACGCAGCGCUCUACUACAUCAGCAGCUUCCAGCCUCGCGUGGCUGCACGUCAGCUCAGUGUGGAGGCCCAGAACUCUCUGAACCAGUGGCACCGGAGACGAACCCUCCACUGCAACCAGUCCCGCCGGAGCAAACACCGCCGAACCAUCCGCAGGCAGUCGUGUCAUAAAUGUGUUUUGCCGAUGUCUGACUCGGCCACUGGCUCCAGUGACAGGAAGGAAGAGGAACCCGAAGUGCUGCAAGGUCAGCCGGAGGAGACUGAAGAGAAAAGGGCAGGUGAACUAGAGAAAAGGACAACAGAGGACGAGACAGUAGAGCAAACAUGAGAGUGAGGGCUCAUUUGACAUUAGCAUAUUUCUAUCUAAAUUUACCAUUUAAAAUAGAACCAAAACAAGCUGAAUUUACUGUACUGUUUUUCUCACAGGUUAAACAUCAACCCUUUUUUAAAUGUUCCUGUGUGAUCUCAAUAAUUCCAAAUAACAUAUUUCUUCUGUAUUUAAACAGCAUUCAGUUCUGAAACCGCUCCCAGAAUAAUUAUGAAUAUAUCAUUAUUUCUUUUAUAAUCCGUAUAACCACUAUAGAGCAAGCAAAUUCCAUUCAUGUUUUGUUUCUACCUCAGAAAGCCUCUGUAAGACACAGUUGAGUUUAUUUAUAGAACAGUUUUGCUUUAUUUUAUAAUUUAUAUGUUUCUUUCUGCUACAGUGUCUUUAUUUUUAUUUUCAUUGACGUGUGUACAUGCUUUUUUUGUUUUGCUAUUUUUGCUCU